UCUAUAAAUAGACAGAGCAAGCCACCCACAAUACUAAAUCUCAUGCACUGAAACCUCCAUACAAAACUCCCAUUAACAUAACCACCACCACCACAUUAAUUCAUUUGCUCUCUAUCUCCUCCCAUGGCCACCCAAAUCCACAACCACCAUCUCCACUUCCUCAUCGUCCCCCUCAUGUCCCAAAGCCACCUUAUCCCCAUGACUGACUUCGCCAAACUCCUCGCCGCCCACCACCGCGGCCACACCGUCACCAUCAUCACCACCCCAUUAAACGCCGUCAGCUUCCAGCCCCUCAUCGACCGAGCCACCAGUUCUGGCUUCGAUAUCCGCCUCAUCCCCCUUGACUUCCCAUGUUCCGAAGCCGGCUUACCCGAAAACAUCGAGAACCUGGAGUCCCUCACUUCACCUGACCACGUCACACUGUUCUUCACAGCCACCUCUUUGCUCCAACAACCCUUGGAAAAACUAAUAUCCGAGUUAAAACCCCCGCCUAACUGUUUAAUUACCAGCAAUGCCCUUCCUUGGACAUCCGAAGUCGCUGCAAAAUUUGACAUCCCGAGAUACGUUUUCAAUGCUAUUUCUUGCUUCACUCUCCUCUGUUCCAACCGGAUUGAUGAUGGUGUUAUAAACACGGAUUCAGAGUCGAUUCUGGUGCCCGAUAUGCCUCACCGGAUUGAGUUUAAGAAAACCCAGCUGCCCCAAUUCGUGAGAAAGAAUUCCUCCAAGCUGAAAGGGAUUUCGGAUCAUAUGAGAGGCGCAAGGGGUAUUUUGGUCAAUAGCUUUGAGGAGAUGGAGAUGAAGUAUGUGGAGGAAUACAAGAAAAUAGCAGAGAAUACUUGGUGCAUUGGGCCUGUUUCUCUUUGUAACAAAGUUGUUUCGGAUAAGUUUGAUAGGGGAAACAAAGCUGCCAUCGAUGAGCACCACUGCCUGAGAUGGCUGGAUUCGAAAACUUCGAAUUCGGUCAUCUACGCUUGUUUUGGUAGUUUAUGUCACAUAUCAUGUUCCCAGUUAAUUGAAAUAGGGUUGGGGUUGGAAUCAAUGAAUCGAUCGUUUAUUUGGAUAAUCAGAGGAGCAGAUAAAUCAGUUGAGCUAGAGAUGUGGUUGGGGACAGAAAAAUUCGAAGAGAGGAAUAAAGAAAGGGGGUUAGUGAUUAAAGGGUGGGCGCCCCAAGUUAUGAUACUAUCGCAUCCAGCCGUAGGGGGGUUCUUGACUCACUGCGGGUGGAACUCAACUCUAGAAGGAGUGAGUGCGGGGGUGCCCAUGGUAACAUGGCCGAUGUUCUCAGAGCAAUUUUAUAAUGAGAAGUUGAUUACGGAGGUGUUGAGGAUUGGAGUGAGGAUUGGAGUUGAGGUUGGGAUGCAGUGGGGUAAUGAGGAGGUCGGGGUGCUGGUGAAGAGAGAGAAAGUGAAGGCGGCGGUAGAGGAGGUGAUGAGGGAUGGGGAUGAAGGAGGAAAGAGGAGGAGGAGAGCUAGGGAGCUUGGAGAGAUGGCAAAGAGAGCAGUUGAAGAAGGGGGAUCAUCUUACUUGAACAUGGCAUUGUUGAUUGAAGAUGUUAUCCAACAUGCAAACCAAUCCAAUGGGGUGAAGUUAAACUCAACACGGAUGGAUGCUCGUGUAUGGGGUUCAAUGGGAAAGCGGGUUUUGGAGGCUCGUUUCAAGACUCUACGGGUGCUUGGAUCUUGGGUUUCUACACGGAACUAUGGGGCUUAUAUACAGAGGCCUCACCAUAAUAUCGGAAAAAUUAAGGAAUUAUUCAUGUCAAGUUGGAGACGGACUCGCUUACUGCUUGUAAGACUUCUCAAUGGAGAUAUAGACGUUCAACACCAGCAUGCGGCUCUGGUGGAAGACUCCAAAUCGCUCAUGUCCCAAACAGGAACUCCUAUUACUCCUGUUUACAGAAUGGAUAAUCAGAGUGCUGAUAACCUCGCUCGCCUUGGAGCUGAUCAACAAGACGAGGAGCUUGUAUUAACCUAUGACAUACCAGCAGCUACUAGGCCUUUCCUUGGAGAGGACUUUCUGGGGGUGUGGGGCAUCUCCAGAACUGAAGUUUAG